GCCUGAUGUUUUACAAUAAACAUUAUUUUUAUUUAGAAAACAAUAAAAGCAGGAAAAUCUUCUGAUCUGCCAUCAUGAACAUUUUAUUCCGCUGCAGUUCAUUUCAUAAAUAUCUGUUUUAUAAUUUUCUUAUUAUUUUCAGCAAUCUGUUUGAUGUUCCUCAUGUUUACCUGAGUGAGUGAUGACAUCACCGCACACCUCUGAAACUCAAACCGUUUCCAUGGAGUCGUGUUAAACUCUAAAUCAUGUUAAAAUAUUUUCCAUCUCUUUGUUUGGACGUGAACUCAGAGCGAUGUCAGUUUUCUGUUUUUGGUUUUUAGUUCUUCCUGCAGCAGAUGGUCGUCUGGUUCUGGUCACUCCUUCAUGUUUACGACCAGAACCAUCUGACGGGCCGGUACCGCUGCCAGGAUACCUGCGGGAGUCGCUCUGAUCCCUGAGGAGGAGCAGAAAUAAAUCCUCAAUCUGCAGCAACGCUUCCUGUCUGUCUGUCAGACAUGAUGGCUGCAGGAAACAUGAUGGAUUUCUGUUCAGAUCUGGAGGAAAUGAUGUCAGAUUUAAACAAGUUCUCAGGUUUAAUUCAACCAAGAUCUAUAAUUUAUAUUACAUCUAACUCCAGGUGAACAAAAUCACAUAUUAACAGUUUUAUUAUUUAUUUAACUAAACAGGUUUGGUUCAGUUAUCAGGUCAAAUCUCACUGCAGGGACAGUUUGUUAUGUUCCUCCCACCAGAUGAGCUUCAGCACUGCACACACACACACACACACACACACACACACACACAUAGAGUGUUUCCGAUGAAGGCCUGGUCCAGAUAAGCUCUGAAGUGUUGGGCUAAAUGUGGAAGCCGGCGGUGAUGAGGCGAACAGGCGCUGAGCCGUCAGGCGGUUCGCUGCGAGGCGUUCAGGCUCAGUCAGGACAAGUUAGAGGUGAAUCAGCAUCCUGGAAGGUUUUUAAAUAUAAAAACCAAGAAUCCAUUUCUUCAAGGUAAAACCUGAAGGAUCUGCAGAAGUUUGGAUCCAGGAAAACUCAGAGGAAAAGUCGGGACUUUAAAUCGUUUCCUGAAGAACUGAGAGGACGACUGGAGGCGAGGAAGACUCUGCUGGACAUGGAGGGACAGCCAGAGGUCAAAGAAGAGACCAGAAUGGAGGCAGAAAACGACUCGACUGUAGAAAACGACUCGACUGUAGAAAACGACUCGACUGUAGAAAAUGACUCGACUGGAGAAAACAACUCGACUGUAGAAAACGGCUCGACUGGAGAAAACGACUCGACUGCAGAAAAUGACUCGACUGCAGAAAACGACUCGACUGUAGAAAACGACUCGACUGUAGAAAACGACUCGACUGCAUCGGCGACAGACGGAGAGAAAGAACAACUGGAAACAGUGGAGGGAGAGAAAGAAGAGAUUCUAGAGGAGACAGAGGAGAAAAUGGAGGACGAAGAGGAGGAAGACGAUGAAGAGGAGGAAGAGAAGGAUGGAAAAGAUGAAGAGGAGGAUGGAGAGACAAAUACAAAGAAAGAUUUGGGACUUUGGGAAUCUGAGGCUGCUGCAGACCUGAAGCCUCUGCUGCCGGAUCCUCAGUUUAACCGCAGAUGCAGUUUGAUCCUCAGUGAUGUUCACUAUAAGGAGGACUUUGAGAAGAUGAAGGGUCAGAGCCUGUUUGUCCCUGGAGCCGAACUCAUCCACUCCAGGAACAUCAGCGCUGUGAUCUCUGAGUCCAAGUACAAGGAGGACGGGAAGAAGGAGGUGAAUCUGUCCCUGUACUCCGUCCUGCCUGAGACUCCAGAGAUGCAGCGAGCCAAGGCGGCUUCAGAGCUGCAGAGCGAGAUCAGAUACAAAGGGAAUGUGAAGACGGAGAUUUCUUCCUCUCUUUACUCUCUGCUGCCUGAAACCACAGAGACCCAGUUUGUCAGAGAGCUGACGGAGAUGCAGAGCGAGAGUAAAUACAAGGAGGGCGGCAGGAAGAGCGUCUCUCAGAGUUUCUACUCUCAGCUGCCAGAAACAGCAGAAACUCAGUUUGCUAAACGUGUUUCUGAUCUGCAGAGUCAGACCAGAUAUAAGGAAUCGGGGAGGAAAGGCGUGAGCUGCAGUCUGUACUCUCUGCUGCCGGAGACGAUAGAAACGGUUCGAGCCAAAGAGGAUUCUGAGCUCUGCAGCGAGCUGAAGUAUAAAGAAGAAGGCAGGAAGGAUGCGAGCGUCAGCCUGUACGCCGUUCUGCCGGAAACCAUGGAAACGCAGCACGCGAAGGAGGCGUCCAGCCUGCAGAGCCAGGUGAAAUAUAAGGAAGGUGUGAAGGAGAAGAUUCAGCGCAGUUUGUACCAUCAGAUGCCUGAAACUACGGAAACUCAGAUGGCCAAACAUCUGUCAGAGCUGCAGAGCGACACUAAAUACAGAGAAGCAGGAAAGAAGCAGAUCAGCAGCUGCCUUUACUCUCUGCUGCCUGUGACUCUGGAGACGCAACACGCUAAAGAGACGACAGAGCAGCUGAGCCAGCUGAAGUACCAGGAGAGCAGCAGGAAGGAAAUGUCCAGCAGCCAUUAUGCCACCAUGCCGGAGACGUCAGAGACCAGCUUCGCCAGAGAAAUGAGCGACCUGCAGAGUGAGGUUAAAUAUAAGGAGGACGGGAUGAAGAGCGUCUCUCAAAGCCUCUACAGUCGGCUGCCAGAAACGGCCCAGAUGAAGUUUGUUAAAGACGUUUCUGAGCUGCAGAGCGAGAUGAAAUAUAAGCAGGACAGGAAGGAAGCGAGUCGCUCGCUGUUUUCCACGCUGCCUGAGACUCUGGAGACGAUUCAGGCCAAGGAGGUUUCUGAUCUGAUCAAUGAGAGGAAAUACAGAGACUCUGUGAGGAAAGAUCUGAGCUGCAGCCUUUUCCACCAGCUGCCAGAGACGCUGGAGACGCUCCAUGCCAAGGAAGUCUCCGACCUGCUGAGCGAGGUUAAAUAUAAAGAAGACGGUAAGAAGGAGAUGAAUGUGAAUCUUUACUCUGCGAUGCCUGAAACCAUCGACACGCAACACGCCAAGGAGGCGUCGGAGCUGCAGAGUGACGUGAAAUAUAAAGAAGGAGUGAAGGAGAUGCAGAGCAGUUUGUACCAUCGGCUGCCUGAAACUACGGAAACCCAGAUGGCCAAACAUCUGUCAGAGCUGCAGAGCGACAAUAAAUACAAAGAAGCUGGAAGGAAGGAGAUGAGGGCCAACAUUUACUCUCAGCUUCCCUACACCAUGGAGACGCAGAGAGCGAAGGAAGCAGCAGAUCUGCUGAGUGAGAUUAAAUAUAAAGAAAGUGGGAAGAAGGAAAUGUGCGGCUCUUUGUACUCGACUCUCCCCGACACUCUGGAAACCAGCUUCGCCAGAGACAUGACUGACCUACUGAGUGAGAACAAAUACAAAGAGGACGGGAAGAGGAGUCAGUCUCAGAGUUUCUACUCUCAGCUUCCAGAAACAGCAGAGACUCAGUUUGCUAAAACCGUCUCUGAGCUGCAGAGUCAGAUGAAGUAUAAAGAAUCAGGGAAGAAAGAAUCGGUGACCUCUCUGUACUCGACUCUACCGGAGACUCUGGAGACGCAGCACGCGAAGGAGGCGACGCAGCUGCAGAGCCAGCUGCUUUAUAAAGAAGGAGUGAAGAAGGAGCUGCAGAGUCCAGUUUACCACCAGCUUCCUGAAACUCUGGAGACGCAGUUCGCCCGCGAGGUCGGCCACAUGCAGAGCCAGCACAGAUACACAGCCGAAGGGAAGCAGCUUCUCUCUCAGAGCGUUUUCUCUCAGCUGCCAGAAACCAGCGACAUCAAGUCGGCUAAAGCUGCUUCUGAGCUGCAGAGCGAGGUCAAGUACAGGUCGUCUGGCCGGCAGCAGGACGGCAGCAGCUUCUUCUCUGUGAUGCCAGAAACUCUGGAGACUCAACAUGCCAAGCAGGUUUCUGAGAUGCAGAGCCAGGUGAAAUAUAAAUCGGACCUGAAGCAGCUGCAGUCCAGUUUGUUCUCCAGCCUUCCUGAGACGCUGCAGACCCAACGGGCCAAAGAAGUGACUGACCUGCAGAGCCAGGUGAAGUACAAGGAAGGCAGUCAGAAGGAUUCAUCGUCUCUGUACCAGCUGCUCUGUGAGACGCCGGAGACGCAGCUGAGCCGGCAGGUGAUGGAGGUCCAGAGCGAGGUGAAGUACCGGAAGGACCUGGAGGAUUUGCCCUGCUCUCUGUUCUCUCUGCUGCCUGAAACCUUACAGACGCAGUUUGCUAAAGAAAUGGCCGAGACGCACAGCGAGGUGAAGUACAAGCAGGCGGCGAAGGAGCAGACGGCGUCUCCUCUUUACUCCUCGCUGCCUGAAACCCUGGAGACGCGACGCGCUAAAGACGCUGCGGCGCUGCAGAGCCAGAAAAAAUACUCAGAAGAAGGAAGGAAGGAGAUGAGCUGCCCACUGUACGCCCAGCUGGCUGAAACGGCAGAAACUCAGUUUGCCAGAGAGGUGACAGAAAUCCAGAGUGAGAACAAAUAUAAGGAAGGAGGGAAGAAGGUCCAGACGCUCAGCGUUUACUCGCAGCUCCCAGAAACCAACCAGACCCAGUUUGCUAAAAACGUCUCUGAAAUCCAAAGUGAGGUGAAAUAUAAAGAGUCAGGAAAAAAAGAAACGUCCAGCAGUUUGUACUCGAAGCUUCCUGAGACUCUGGAGACGCAGCACGCUAAAGACGCUACGCAGCUGCAGAGCCAGGUGAAGUACAAGCAGCCGCUCAGCGUCUCUCUGUUCCACCGCCUGCCUGAGACGACGGAGACGCAGCUGGCCAAGGAGCUGAGAGACGUUUACAGCCAGGUGAAGUACAGAGAGGAGGGACAGAAGGAGCUGAGCAGGAGCCUUUACUCCCGCCUCCCGGAGACGGAGGAGACGCAGCGGGCCAGAGAGACGGCCGAGAUCCAGAGCCAGUCAAAGUACAGGAAGGACCUGGAGGAUCUGCCCAGCUCUCUGUUCUCUCUGCUGCCUGAAACUCUGCAGACGCAGUUUGUUAAAGAAAUGGCCGAGACGCACAGCGAGGUUAAAUACCGGGAGGCCAGCAGGACGGACAGCAGCCGCGCUCUGUUCCACCGGCUGCCCGACACGCUGGAGACGCAACGCGUUAAACACGUUACUGAGCUGCAGAGCCAGAAUAAAUACAAGCAGAGCGGGAAGAAGUUCCUGUCGUCUAGUUUCUACGCUCAGCUGCCCCAGACUGCAGAGACGGAGCUCGCCGCCAAGAUGGCCGACCUGCUGAGCGAGAACAAAUACAAAGAGGACGGCAUGAAGAGCCGCUGCCACAGCCUGUACUCCCAGCUGCCGGAAACCACCGAGAUCAACUUCGCUAAAACUGUUUCUGAGCUGCAGAGCGAGGCUAAAUACAAGGAGGCCAGCAGGAAGGAGGCGGGCCGAUGCCGGUACCACCGGCUGGCUGAGACUCUGGAGACGCAGCACGCGAAGGAAGCAACGGAGCUGCAGAGUGAGGUGAAAUACAGAGACGGCAGGAAGCAGCUGAGCUGCAGCCUGUUCUCUCUGCUGCCAGAGACCGAUGAGAUGAAGUUCGCCAAAGCUGUGAUGGAGCUGCAGAGCGAGAAUAAAUACAAGCAGAAAGGCAGACAGGAGAUCAGCAGCUCCGCUUUCCACCAAAUGCCUGAAACCAAAGAGACGGAGUUCGUCAAGCAGCUCUCAGAAAGACACAGUGAAUAUAAGAAGGAUCUGGAGGAUCUGCCCAGCUCUCUGUUCUCUCUGCUGCCUGAAACUCUGCAGACGCAGUUUGUUAAAGAAAUGGCCGAGACGCACAGCGAGAAUAAGUACAAGGAGGCCAGUAGGAAGGAGCUGGUUAAAUCUCUGUACUCUCAGCUUCCUGAAACCAAAGAAACUCAGCAUGCGAAGGAGCAAACUCAGCUGUGCAGCGACAAAGCGUACAGGGAGGAGGGCAGGAAGGAAGCGGGUCGCUGUCUGUACGCCCAGAUGCCCCAAACCAUCGAAACCGUUUUCGCCAAGGAGGUGACCAAGACGCUGAGCGACAAAUCCUACAAGGAGAAGUUCAACCGUGAGAAGGGGAGGAGCGACUACAGCAGCAUGAAGACGCUGCCGGAGGUGGAGCACGCCAUGGAGGUCGCCAAGAAGCAGAGCCAUGUCAGCUACAGGUCAGGCAGAGAGGAGCUGCAGCGCUACAACCCGGCGCCCGACCGGCCCGACAUCAUCAGCGCCGCCAACGCAGCCAAGCUGGCCAGCGACGUUGCCUAUAAGCGCAGCUCCAAGCAGCCGGUCUACAGCGAUGGAUCCGUCCUGGACAGAACCGACAUCCUGCAGGCCAAGCAGGCCUCCAGGUUGGCCAGCCAGGUGAAGUACAAGGAGAGCUUCGACCGGCUCUUAAAGGGCCAGCGGCCGCGCUACAACCCCAUGGACUGCGUCUCCUUCAAACACACACAGGCUGCAGCUGCUCUGGCCAGUCAGGUGAAGUAUAAAACCAACCAGAACCAGAGGCCUGAAGGCUCGUCGGACCUGCCCAACCUGCUGCAGCUGGAGCACGCCCUGCAGGCCAGCAAGCUGCAGAGCAACCUGGAGUACAAGAAGAAGUACGAGCAAACCAAGGCCCACUACCACAUCGCCGUGGAUACGGCGGAGCAGCAGCACCACCGGGAGAACGCCGUGCUGCACAGCCAGGUGAAGUACAAGGAGGAGUAUGAGAAGAGCAAAGGACGCUCUCUGAUGGAGUUUGGAGAAACUCAGAGCUAUAAAGUAUCUAAAGAGGCUCAGAAGAUGCAGAGCGAGAGGGAAUACCGCAGGGACUUUGAGGAGCAGGUGAAGGGCAAAGCUUUGCUGGAAGUGGAUCAGACUCCAGGAUUCCUGGCGGCCCGGAACGCCAGCAGCCUGCUGAGCGAGAAGGCGUACAGGAAGGACCUGGAGCAGGAAGUGAAGGGGCGGGGCUUAUCUGGGGUCGGCCUGGAGGAAACGCCCGAGCUUCUGAGGGUGAAGAAAGCCAGUCAGAUUCUGAACCAGAAGGAAUACCGGCGGGAUCUGGAGACGGAGAUCAUGGGGAAAGGGAUGGAGCUGAGCGCCGACGUCCUGGAGAUCCAGAGAGCCACCAGGGCCUCGCAGGUCCAGAGCCAGACAUCGUACAAACAGACGGAGCAGCUGAGGGAGAACUCGUACGGGACGCUGACCGACACGCCGGCGCUGCUGCACGCCUCCUACCUCAAAGACGUCUACAGCCAGAAGAAGUACAAGGACGAGGCGGAGCAGCUGAAGGGUCGGUACCGCCUGGUGUCAGAAACCCCGGAGAUGGAGCGGGUCCGAGCCAACCAGAGACACAUCAGCUCUCUGCGGUACUGCUGGGACUCCAAGCUGAUGAGAGGCCUGACAGCGUCGGUCGCCGAGACGCCGGAGAUCGUCCUCGCCAGAGAGAACGCCAAGAAGAUCAGCGACGUCCAGUACAGAGAGGAGGUGGGUCAUGGUACUCCAGUCAUGGACACACCUGAGAUGGAGCGAGUCCGACGGAACCAGGAGAACAUCAGCUCAGUGAAGUACAGGCAGAGCACCAAGGCCUGCAGCGUGGGAGUGACUCCAGAACUGGAGCGGGUCAAACAGAACCAGCAGAACAUCAGCUCGGUCCGGUACCAGCGCGGCCUGCAGGAGCUGAGGGGGCGGAGCCUCAGCGAACUGGACACGCCCGAGUACCGGCGGGUCAGGCGGACCCAGGACUCGGUCUCCAUGGUAGCGGCCCGGUUGCCGUGGCAACCCGAGUGUCAUGGCACAGAGGGUGGGGCCGCUGCACGGACACUAACCCCCACCUGCAGGGAACGAGGUCACCAUAGUAACGGAAACACAGAGGAGUGUUUUCAUUUAACAACCUGAUGUUUGGGUUUUAUCUGCUCACUGACCAAAUGCACCCUGAGCUGCGUGUGUGUUGGAGUGUGUGUUGGUGUGUGUAUUGGUGUGUGUAUUGGUGUGUGUAUUGGU